AAAAAAAGUGACCAUCGAUUCUAGUUGAGUCAACUCUCCCCUUCUUUGCCGUCACUGCAUCUCAAAGUGUCCACGGUCGUAGGUCGUAGACACGCAUCACACGCACGCGACGGGAUAUUUUCUCUUUUUUUAUUCCCUUGUACAAUCGAGAUUCCCCCUCCAAUUAUCUCUACUUUUGUAAUCCAUUUUAUUUUUCAUUUUCCCCCUUUUCUCUUGCCCUUCUUUCUGACGAACUCCUCAUCACCGUCAACAUCCGAUCAGCGACCAGUCAGAAACGUCAAAACAACAUUUCUGACCGGACUUUCUCCUAGCUGAUCGCAAAUUCAUCCAUCCAUCCAUCUCGCUCGUCCUAAUUAGACUUGCGCCGAAUCUAUCAUCGUCAAAUCCCUUUGUCCUCCCAUCGAAAUCGCCGAGAUAAUCUUAAUUGUGUCGCGAUUCACUAAAAAUCACUUCCUCUCGGAUUAAUCUAGCCGAACUCCUUUUACUACUACUCAACCCAAUCCAAUCCAUUUCAGCAGACGAAACGUAUCGCUGCUAAUUGGUGAAUUCACAAUGGCUUCCAAAUUUCUACGAGAGUACAAGUUGGUCGUAGUCGGCGGAGGAGGCGUAGGCAAAUCCUGCUUGACCAUUCAAUUGAUACAGAGCCACUUCGUCGACGAGUAUGAUCCUACUAUCGAAGACUCGUACCGCAAGCAAUGCGUCAUUGAUGAUGAAGUUGCCCUUCUCGACGUGCUCGACACAGCUGGCCAAGAAGAAUACUCAGCAAUGAGAGAACAGUACAUGCGCACCGGCGAAGGAUUUCUUCUAGUUUACUCUAUCACCUCCGAUCAAAGUUUCGAGGAAAUUCGCACCUUUCAACAACAGAUUCUCCGAGUCAAAGACAAGGAUCCCACAGACUAUUUCCCCAUGGUUGUAGUUGGUAACAAGUGCGAUUUGGAGGGCGAGCGAGAGGUUCCUCGACAAGAUGGUGAGGCAUUGGCAAAACAAUUCGGAUGCCCCUUUGUCGAGACGUCAGCUAAGACCCGGACGAACGUCGACAAGGCAUUCUUCGAUCUCGUACGAGAAAUUCGCCACUACAACCGUAACAUGCAAGGCCUCUCGACAAACAGCGGCGGCAACGGCGGUUUGAAUGGACCCGCCAACAAGUUCGAAAUGAACGAGGGCGAAUCCGAGGCCGGCUGUUGUUCCAAGUGCGUAGUCCUAUGAGAUGGCAUGAAAAUUGGCACGGGAGCGAAUAGGUUUUUGUGGUGAUUUGGGCUAUGCAUACGAGAGGAUGUGGGCUCUUAGCCACGAAUACAUAUGAAUGUGUGUCCGUGUGUGCGUCCGGCAUGAGCUCGAUGAACGAUAUUGGCGGUUUCGAAACGUACAUGCCGGGUCCAGUGAGGCAAAAUUGUUGCAUUGGUAAUAGGAGUCGGGAUUUUGCAGCUCGUCGCGGGAACCGAGCAAACCCACCAGCAUCUGAAAUGGAAUAAAGGGCAAAUUCAAGUGGCUAGUUCGCUACCACCUGAAGAGACAACACUGUCUAUGUGGAUUUGUGGCACGACGUUUAAGAUUACACAGAAUAACUUCACUCGGACCCUUGCCCAGGGUCCAGAUCAUCGCAGAUGAUGGGGGGGUUGGUGAUGUCUGCUGCUGGUCAUUUCACUACUUGUAAUGUUCUUCAUUUUCCUCUUCUUUUUUUUUCUUUUACAGUGGUUUGAUGUCAUAGAUUCCCCCAUCUCAAGUUCAGGCGUCUCAGUUCAUAAAAUCCGGGCUCGGAAGAUCCUUUGUGCAAUGUUUGUUCGCGAAUGCUACAAAAUUACGACCUAAAUUCAAGCCAUGACAAAACA